AUGAAGCUAAAGAACAUCAGCGCAUUCACACUCAUCCGCGCGAAACUAAAAGGUUAUGAGCCCCGCACGCUUGUAGCUGCAUCUUCACUCUUCAUGUCUUCUACCCUGUCCCACUCCAACUCGAGCGACAACGACGAGCGUGGUCCAUCUCCGUCAACCACGCCAAAGAAGACUACGGCCUUAACCGGCCCGAAGAAGGCCAUGAUCGCAACGGCAUCAACAUCAAGGGCAGCGGCUCCCACGGCCAGGAACGCCAAGCCGGCUACCACCGACAAGGGCAAACAGCCCGCGCAUCCCACCAUGAGCACGCGCAGGAACCCGGCUCCACAGAUCACACUGCAGAUCGCCGAACCUAUGGACGACGACGCCGCCACUCCACAGCCGCCGGUCCGCCCUCCUCUCGAUCACUCGGGCAAGGUCCAAGUGGCCGUCCCGUUAAAGAAAUCCGACCCGUACGAGGUCAUGGUCGCGUGCUUGCAGAGCCAGUACCAAAAGGUCACGGCGAUGUCGGGCACCGACAAGCUCCGAAAAACAAAGGAGAACGGCAACAACUGGUGGUCCUGGAAACAGCGUGCAACCAGCAUGUUUGAGGUCACCGGGUGCCUGAAAAUAGCCAAUGGUGAUUGGCCGGUCACGCUUUGUCAGACCGAAAAGGACCAGAUCCUUUGGGAGAUGCGCGAUAGUGCUGCCAGAUUUAUUAUUAAUAAUUUUAUUUCUGAUGAACUACUUCCCUACGUCAGAGAUCGAGACCCGGUGAACCCGGACCGUAUUCUCACGGCACACGAGAUCUACGAUCGGCUCAAAGCAAACUUUGAGGUCCAGUCGGGCCAACAAGCGAUCACGAUCUAUCGCAAGAUGGUCAAUAUGAAGGCCAAGAAUAGUACCAACAUGCAGACCCAUAUCGGGAAACUCAAAGAUCUGCGCGCGCGCUUCGCUGCCGCAUCCGGUAAUAAACAACAUGUGGACGAGCUGAACUUCCAAAACAUCAUUCUCGCGUCUCUUCCCGAGUCGUGGGAUGGCUGGGCCUCGGGCUUUAUCGGCGUCCAAGACGCUUCCGGCGGCAUUAUGUCCCGCUCCACCGAGGACUUAGUUGCCGCAGUCUGGAAGGAGUGGAUUCGGCGGAAGAAGAACGUCGACCCUGACAAUUCCGAUUCGGACUCCCCGCGCCCGGCCAAGAAGGCCAGGAAGGGCAGAUCAGGGGGCGGUGACCAAAAAGGCAACCAAGAACGUUAA